AUGGCGCGGAAGAGUCAUACUCAGUCGCACGCCCCUUGUACCACGAAAGAUUACGCUCUGAGAAUCAUAAGAGGCAGUCACGUCGAAAUCAAAAUAGACGUUUCGGAGAUUGUGUGCAAAAUUUGCUACGAACCUUUUGAUAGUUUCGAGGAAAUCGUGAAUCAUUUAAUCGGUAAACAUAAAUUAAGUUACGAAAAGCAAAUUGGCACUCCAUACCAAGAGUACAGAUUGAGUGAUUGCGNCCCUUGUACCACGAAAGAUUACGCUCUGAGAAUCAUAAGAGGCAGUCACGUCGAAAUCAAAAUAGACGUUUCGGAGAUUGUGUGCAAAAUUUGCUACGAACCUUUUGAUAGUUUCGAGGAAAUCGUGAAUCAUUUAAUCGGUAAACAUAAAUUAAGUUACGAAAAGCAAAUUGGCACUCCAUACCAAGAGUACAGAUUGAGUGAUUGCGGCUGCACCCGCUGUGGGGAGCGAUUUGCUUAUUUUACUAAUCUGGUCAAACACGUGAACACCGCACAUCCACAGAACCGCUUCAUAUGCGAUAAAUGCGAAAUGCCCUUCAACAAGAAACGCGAUUUGGCAGUACACUUUAGGAAUUAUCACGGCGAAGAGAACUACAAUUGUGUGCAAUGCUCGCAGAAUUUUAAAUCCUUGGUCACGUUACGCCGCCACCAAAACGACAUACAUUUUAGGCAGUGCAAAACUUGUGGGAACCGUUUCGAAUCCGUUGCGGUUUUGCGUAAGCACGAGGUAUCCGAACAUCCUGACGACGGCAAUUACAAAUGUCGGUAUUGCUGCAAGGAACUACACAGUGCGCCGGGUCUGAGGUUGCAUUACGGGAAAUGUAAGGUUCGAGCCAUCGCCUCAAUCGACCCUAAAUGUCCGUUAAUAUCCGGAGAAAUACGCAGGCGUAAACUGAAAAACAAUUUGAAAGCAAUAAGGAAUAAUAUUCAAUGCGUCUUAAACAUGUCAACUGCGACACCUUUUAAGUACUUCGCCAAGUAUUCAUGUUUUUAUUGUACACUAAAGUUUGUUGAGUUUGAAGAUCUGCGACAGCAUACCAUGUUAGAACAUCCUGUAUGUGACGUUAAAGAGAAAUACAUGAGGCAGUGUAAGGGUGAUAGGGUUUGCGUUAAAAUUGAUAUAUCUUCUCUCAAGUGUAAGCUGUGCUGUAUGCCAAUGGAGGACCUUGAUUUGCUGAUCGAUCACUUAAUAUCGGAACACAAAGCUGGUUAUGAUAAGUCCAUAAAAGGUUGUCUCGAUCCUUAUCGCAUAAUCAAAGAUAGCAUUCCUUGUCCUCUAUGCGAAACUGUUUUCCGUUACUUCAGCACCCUGCAGCGUCAUAUCAACUCCGAUCAUAGCAACAACAACGCGAUCUGCGAUUUCUGCGGGAAAAGCUUCAACAAGCUCAGUAAUUUGGUCGUGCACAUUGGGCUCGCGCACAUGGGUGCGACCCAGUGUGGAAUCUGCGGCGCGAACUUCAAGAACAACUGGUGCUUAUCCCGACAUAGGGCGAAACAUCACGGCGUCAAAGAUUACAAGUGCACGAAAUGCCCCGAGCUUUUCAUAUCUUCGUAUCAAAUGCAGAAGCACCUAAUCAAAGUGCACAACGAGGGACACAAGUGUGUUCAUUGCGGCAGGCUGUUUACGAGGAAUUCUUUCAUGAAAGACCACAUCAGAAGAACGCAUUUGAAAGAGAAAAAUAUCGCAUGCGCAGUGUGCAAUGAAAAGUUUUUCGAUAACUAUCUGCUGAGGCUGCACAUGGUAAAGCAUGACGGGGAAAGGAAGUUUACUUGUGAGGUCUGCGGCAAGGCGUUCCUGAGGAGAAGCAACCUCAAUUGUCACAAAGAGAUGCAUAAAAAGUAUGGACAUAUUUAGUGAUGAGCUGAAAAAAUUAUCCCACGUACGAAAUGUACUGAGUCACUUCUAUAAUGUUUUUUCCGGUUUUUAUCAUAUAAUUUAAACGUCAUUUGUAAUGGGUUAUUUUUUCCUUUCGUAAGGGGUUACUAGGGUUGGCCACGUUAAGAUUGUUAUCGUAUCGCGCCGCUUUGUCGAACUAGCGUCCUGACACUACCUUAAGAUACUUAUGUAGCGGUUCUAAAUUUAAAUUGUCCUACCGUCGAAGAGGUCCUACCACCAGUAAUUACGCAAAUUAUAAUUAUGCGCAUU